AUGUCGGAACAAUUUGUGCUGGCUGCCAGGCGUGGCUUCCGCCAGAUUCCUGGCGUUGUCGUCUCUGCCGGUCUGAUGGACCGGACCGUCAAGGUCCGCGUCGGAGGGAGGAUAUACAACAACGUGAUCAAGAAGUACUUCAACAGACCAAAGACGCACCUGGUCCACGACCCCAACAACUCGUGCCUGACGGGCGACGUCGUUGAGAUAUCGCCCGGCUGGCCGACGUCGCGACACAAGCGCCACGUCAUCGUCUCCAUCCUCGCCGCCGCCACGACGCCCGCCGAGUCCCGUCCGCCCGUCCCGACGCUCGAGGAGAGGAUAGCCGAGGCCCAGGCCAAGCGCGCCGCCAAGGUCGAGAGGAGGGCCGCCAUCCAGGCCGAGACCCAGGCCAAGUUCGCCGCCGCCAAGGAGGAGAAGAGGUUACGGAAGCUCAAGAAGGAGGGCAAGCUACCGCCCGCGAAGGAGCAGGUCGCAAAGGACGCUGCCGAGACUGAGUCGUCAUAG